UGUGGAAACCCGUUGAGAUUGAUUAGUGUAGUAAACCAGAUGCCCACUCGGUUAGCUGGCAAAGGUUAGCCAGGUUGCUAACCCAAAUCGAGAGUUUUGCUGCUUCGGUAUCGAAAAUUUACAGAAGGCGGAAAUGGCUCGACUCUAACGUACGGGAGUAAAAUUCCAGGUUGCUUGCUGUGUGACUCUUUGCCAAGGAGUUUCCACAUGCUUUGACUCUGACUUUCUCUGCUGACACACACUCAAAUCUUACACAAUCCAAAAGCUGCGUGCACCAAGCUCCAACGCACACUGACAAGCCACAGCGAUCAUUGUCACAGACCUACUCUAACCCUAGCAGCAGCUCACCACAAACACACAGUUACUGAAACCCAUAACAAACAUAUCGCCACCCCCAUCCUCCCACCUCUUUUGCUCUUUCCCACUCCUCCCAUCUACAUACCUCUGGAGCAGCCCAGGACUCCUCUGCUUUUGCUGAAUUUUGAAUCAGCGCAAGCCACAGCGCAAGCCACAGCGAGGAACACCACCGCUCUCGAGCUGACCUACUGAAUUGUGUACACUGAUCAAAUAUCAGCAUGGUGGCCACAGGAUAAAAUGUAUGGAAUAUAUUUUUACCACAUCAUUUUUUUGGACACAUUCAUCUCAUUAUAAUGAUGAUUCCUACCUCCUCCUCCUCUUCAAUUAUUUGCAAGUCUAUGGCAUUGUACUGAUCACAGUCACAGUUCAGCUUUGAACCAAGAAGGUGCUGACCAGCAGAGAUGCUCCCUGAAUAAUAAUCUUGGACUCUUCUUUCACUGGGAGUGAUCGGGAUGAAAACAAUGGACAUUACAUGCUCUAUUAGCACAUUAUAACAUAUUACAGUUGUACUUACACAUAUAAGAAAAUAAUAUCAACAUACCAACCAUCCAGCGAAACAAAUGGUUCCUCUAAAUCAGACCUUAAUGGGAGGAGAAGCAGAGGAAGGAGAGGCCUCAGGCCUUCCAGAGAGGAGGAAACCUAAGGAAGAAGCAAAAGACAGUGAUAGUGAGAAGGACGAGGCAGAGGACAUGGUUGAAGAGGGCAGAGGUAUGCAGAUCCCUCUGCAUCGCUGGGUAAUGCACGGGGCAGUGAUGUUUGGCCGUGAGUUCUGCUACGCCAUGGAAACAGCCCUGGUGACACCAGUGCUGCUACAGAUAGGUCUUCCUGAGCAAUAUUACAGUUUAACAUGGUUCCUCAGUCCGAUCCUGGGUCUCCUCUUCACACCUGUGAUUGGCUCAGCCAGUGAUCGCUGUACACUGCGGUGGGGCCGGAGAAGACCGUUCAUUCUGGCCCUGUGUGUAGGCGUGCUGCUGGGGGUGGCACUGUUUUUAAAUGGCUCAUUAAUAGGCCUUUCCAUUGGUGAUAGCCCCAACAGCCAGCCAAUUGGCAUUGUCCUUACUGUAGUCGGUGUAGUGGUGCUGGACUUCUGUGCUGAUGCCUCUGAGGGACCAAUUAGAGCGUACCUUCUUGAUGUUGCUGAUACUGAGGAGCAAGAUAUGGCCCUUAAUAUUCAUGCCUUCUCUGCUGGUCUCGGUGGAGCAGUGGGCUACAUGCUGGGUGGUCUAGACUGGACUGGCACAGCUCUGGGACGUGCAUUUAAGUCACAGGAACAGGUCCUCUUCCUGUUUGCAGGCAUCAUCUUCAUUAUCUCUGUCACACUGCACAUGUUCAGUAUCCCUGAACGACCUUUUGCCCCAUCCUGCCAGCUUAAAGCCACAGGAAGCGGGGAGUCGAACAGCCAGUUGUCUUUCAGGCCUGCUGGCCACACGCCACCUUUACUUGAUGUGAUCGCAGAGGAGGAUGCCUUCGCUCAAGAUCAAGAAUCAGAUUCCGAGGAAGGGGAAAUGGACUUCCUCGCUGUGGAGCGAGUGCGGAGUAAAAGCGAUUCAGUCUUAGCUAUGCCAGACGCUACAGUUGAGUUGGAUCCUGACCUAGACCCAGACGCACAACUCUUCCUGCCAGAGGUGCACCGCUUUCUACCAGAGACAGAGGCGGAUCUAGAAGAUGCUUUCAAGCCAUUGGAUAGCAGUAAUACUCCCGAUGGACCACCUGCCCUUACUGAUGGGAUGGUGGUCUUGGAGCCUAGAAAUCCCACCUUGUCUAAGAAUCCAACAAACUGUCUUCCUCCUCACCUUCAGAUCAGUUCUGGCUCAGAGGACUCAAGUCUGAAAACCCAGCAGACCAAGGUUGCCAAUGGUUCCAAUGCUGGCUUGUCCUCCUCUGAAUACUCAAAUGCAAUGAAAGGCCACGCCUCCUCCAGGGUGGCGAGCCGCCCCUCCAGUACCUCAGUUUCAACACGACCGCACCCACACACCUUCUACAGACAACCCUCUUUCACUUUCUCCUACUAUGGACGAGUGGGAUCACAACGCUUUAGACUGCGGCGGACAGGGCCUUCAAGCCCUCGGCCAAUCACCACCUCCCGCAGUCUGAAUGAUCUGAGCGACCUCCAGCGGCCUGCGAACAGGCGGGAGUUGCAGCUGUCAGCUAGCAGUCUGUCAUCUGAGGGCUCCAGCAGUGAGGGGGGACCAGACAGGGGCACAACUGUCCGACUGCUUUGGUUGUCCAUGUUGAAGAUGCCGAGGCAGCUGUGGAGACUGUGCGUGUGUCACCUUGUCACGUGGUUCUCCAUUAUAGCUGAGGCUGUGUUUUAUACUGAUUUCAUGGGACAAGUGAUCUACCAUGGAGACCCCACGGCACCAUCCAAUUCCACUGAACUACAAAAUUAUAACAGAGGAGUACAGAUGGGCUGCUGGGGACUAGUGGUCUACGCUGCUACUGCUGCUGUCUGCUCUGCUAUCCUUCAGAAGUCCCUGGAUAAUUUUGACCUGAGCAUUAGGGUCAUCUACAUCGUUGGAACUCUGAGCUUCUCGAUAGGAACUGCUGUGAUGGCGAUCUUCCCUAACGUUUAUGUUGCCAUGGUGAUGAUCAGUAGCAUGGGCAUCAUCUCAAUGAGUAUCUCCUACUGUCCCUAUGCAUUACUUGGGCAGUACCAUGAAAUCAAAGAGUACAUUCACCACAGUCCAGCAAACACUCGAAGAGGUUUUGGUAUUGACUGCGCUAUCUUAUCCUGUCAGGUCUAUAUCAGCCAGAUUCUGGUUGCAUCAGCCCUUGGAGCUGUCAUAGAUGCAGUUGGCAGUGUACGUGUCAUCCCUGUAGUGGCCUCUGUGGGCUCCUUCCUUGGCUUCCUUACUGCCUGUUUCCUUGUUAUUUAUCCUGAUGUGGAGCCCAGCAGCUCAGAGAAGGACCAGGGCUUGUCGGAUUUGCCUGUAGAUUCAGAUGCAAAUGGGGAAAGGACCAGUCAGAGUCUGGCUCUGCUGGACCUCACAGACAGAAAUAGUUUGAUGAAGACAGAGAAUCACUCUGUUGUCUAAGCAUUAACACGGAUAUAAGGUUUUAUGUUUAUCCUCACCAAGCACAUUCCACAGCAUAUGGAGAUUACUUCAAAUGCAUCUGGUUUACUCAUUUGACAGCCUGUCUUGCUGAAGGAGGAGAGACAAAGAGAGAGGGCAAAUGUGGCAGAAAAUUGACAUCUCAUCUACAGAAAAACGGGUGGGAUGGAUUUGGACAGAUUAUCUUCUUGGAAGACUGAUAAGGAGAAUAAAUCUAAUUUUGGGGGGAUUCUCCGCUUAUCCUGUAGCUACCUCAACCCAAACCCAAAUAAAUGUUUGGAUGGUUGUGAGCCAUUGAAAGGCAAAGAGCCAGCUGGCAAUGAUUUGGUCUAACUGUUUAAACUAACUUAGUUCAGACUACUGAAACAAAAACUUUUAUUGCAAAAGCAUUCAUGGGAAGCACACAUAGCACUUUCUGUCUCACUUUUGUAACAGCGUUAUAACACAGAUGCUGCAGAAUGACAUAAUGACUGUCAUAUGAAAUACAUCUGUGGCAGGUCAGUGGCAUAUUUCAUUUCACAGAAGCUGUUCCAUAACUGCUUAGUUGACAAUCAUAAUGCUGUAAAAGUGUCACUUUGUGUACCUCUGCAUUACAGGGCUGAACAGAGAUGUAAAAAUGUGUUCCAGCCUGUUAAUUGCAUUAUAUUGUUUUUUUUUUACAUACCAGAAAGUUUCCAAACUGUAGGUAAAAGCUUCUACAUUUGUUGUAGACAAAACAAUUAUUUUUUAUUAUACUUAUUUUUAGUACAAUUUAUUUUCAUACACGUUUUUAUUCACAUUUUUGGCAUUGCAAUCUGUUUUUCAGGCUAGUGUGUGGUUAGAAGUGCCAUUGUUUGAUUUGAGAAAAAAAAAAAAUUCCACUGCACGGAAACAUACAAAAAUUCAGAAUGCCAUAUUCUCCUUUAAUGCCAUGAUACAAAAGCAACAUUUUAUUAUUGUAGCUGAAAAAUUGUAAUUAAUCUGCAGAUUAAUUAAUCUGUUAUCUACAUUGAUCAUAUUCAAAUUACAAACUGUCAUCCAUUAUGAAGAGUUACAGAGAGUUUACACUGUAAAUUACAGGUUCGCAUUUGUUUUGCUUCCUACUGUGUGAAUUUAGAAAGUGUUUUCAAAUAUAAAUUAAAAAUGUAGUUCAUAGUUGUCAUAUCCAGCCUCGCAGAAAAUAAUAGAAAUACUUUGUAAUUGGCAAAAAUUUGCAGUUUCUGAUUAUACUUUAUAUAGGAAGCAAAAUAACCCAGCUCUGUUUACAAAUUAGCGUGGUGUGCCAUUCUGAUCAAUCCUGCCUUAAACUGUGUCCUGCUCCCCUAUUUCCAGGUUUCAGUUUACCUCAGAAUAACAAAUAUGAGAAGAAUCUGCGGAGGAUAAUCGUGAACAUUGAGAAGUAUGCAAGAUAAUAUUUAGGAGUGUCAUUAACAGUACAGUUUAGACUGUGUAAUACGCUACAGACCUGUGUAUAGUCUAAAUCUAGUGUCUCUAAUCACUGUUGGCUCCAAAGUUAAUCUUAAACACUAUUAAAUAUGAGGGUUACUCUAAGUGCCCCUUACAGUAAUUGGUCACAGUGGCCACAGCAGUCUUCAGCUUACUAAUAGGAGCAUUAUUAGUUUUGGUUUGAUUGGGGAGAUUUAAUGUCACAUGCUCUGAAACUGUUCCAGAAACCUGUAAUGCUUCAUACAAAAUGGUAGAGAAGGCCACUUGUAUGCAAGGAUCUAUGCAAACUUAAAAUCGCCUUACUGGGGUGUCAUGACCAAAUGAACCGAUGAAAAUGAAACGUGACCACCUCUAUGUGAUUUCCUCCUUAAAGGAUUGUUCAACACAGAGGGAACAAUGUCACAAGUGAAAACAUUGUGAAACAUUGCACCAAAGUUCCUUGAAGACUUGAUUGAUGGUGAGGUCUUACUGCACCCUUCUUUACUCUGGGACCAUGUAUCCUACUGGAUACAUCAUCUGCCUAUAAUGACAAAGUGUCUUCUUUGGUAUAAUUGCUGUCAUUGUGGUCUUUGCACCUCAAGAUUCACACAGCCUGAUAUACAAGCACAAAAAAGGGAACAUCCUCUUUCUGUUGACUUUUGCAUCACAUAUUAAAGGGAAACUGUUGAGAGCCAUGAUAUUGCAUUAUAUAAUUACUCACUAACUGUAAAUAAUGCAGACACUUGGUUAGUGUGUGACAUGGUGUGUGUGCUGUUGUGUUUGAGAAUUGUUCAAAAGCACCUUUUAAUAAGAGGUUAGGGUACAAAGUUUUGUUAGUGUUAGGAGUUCACUUUUUCAAAUAUUAUGUUUUCAAAACAAUACGAGGUUCCAAAUUACAGCACCAGUCAAAUAUUUGGACACACCUUCCCAUUCCUUUGAAUGACAAAGCGCGUCCUCACUUUUGACUGGCACUGUCCAUUAUGGCAAGUUCCUGUAAAUCCAAAAAGAAAUUGAAUGUUUCAUAGUGGAACCUGCAGAUUCACUUAAACUUUUCUUUUCACCUUUUUAUUAUAGGACUAGAAAAAAGGACUGGUGAAUCAAAGGCCAUUUUUUUCCUCUACAGCUUCCAUCCCUCUCACAAUAAUAAAUAAUAACAUCAGUUCAGUGAGUAAUUUGAUUCCAACUGGUUGAAAUAUUUCAGAGAUGUCACCAAAACUGUUUUUCUGUGGAGAAGACAGUUUCCACUAUUAGUGCCAAACUACUGAAUAAGAAUCCAUCUGGCUUUGUAUGGUUCACUGAACAACAGCAGGAAAUGACAGCUGAUGUAUCUAAAAAAUUACAUUAUUUUAAAAUAUCUCAGAUUAGUGCCCACUAAAAUCUGAAAAUAUGGAGUGAUUUUAAAAACACCUGUUAGGGUUCAGCAAAGUUAUCCAGAUAAGAACCUUCUUCUUGAAACAGGCUGUGUGUUGGAAGUGUUUUUGAUUUUAUACAAAUGUUUUUAGACUUUCAGGAUAAUAUUCUGUUUUGGUUUGGAGGUCAAUCACUGGUGGUUUUUAAAAGUGAUUUUUGGAUCUUUUUGCUGCUGUACAGACUUUUGUACAUUGAGAACAAGGUAUUUUUGUACCAAAAAUUUAAAAUAAGACAAUGAAUGCACCUUCA